GCUCGCUCACGCCGUGUCUCCUCCCAGGGCGGAAGUCGCUGUUUUUUCCUCAGUCGGACUCGAGUCUCUGAAAGAGCCAUCGCCACAGUCCCAGGGCUCGGGACGAGUCCCGCUGGAACCGAACACAAACCCACAGAGCACAGGAGCCGCGCGCGCUUCAGACGCACAGCCACGCGCCACAGGAAGGUCUCAGCUCGGGCGCGUUCCAGGAGUGGACUGGCUGCGCAUUCCUCCACGCACAGCCAGGGACGGGCUUCCACCGGGGCUGCCCUCCAAAAGAGACCGAGCGGCCUGUUCACGCGCUGCACCGGCGCGUUUACCCCCGGACUGCGCGUAAACCUCCUCUGCCUUCGCCGUGGCGCCUCACUGACUAUGGGAUCUGCGCUUUGAUGAAUAAUUUACAACCCUCCGGACCAACCGAGCACAAACCCCGACUCCGAUGGUGGACUAGCCCCGGGACGCACGACGAGACGCGCUGAAGCUGGAGAAGAGCUGGAAAUGAGCUGGAUGUGAUGAUUAGUGGCCUGGAUAUUUGAAACAGCCCGUAGUCAUGUCGACACAGCGGUGGGGGAGGAGAGACGGAGCCCCCUGUUCUCCUGCACAGAUCCAGUGCCACUACAGUGUCUGUGGGGUUUUAUGAGUUUGACACGAGCGCACAGUGUAAUGUGCUUAUUCUUUUAGAGCCCUUCUUACGCACAGCCUUACCAAACACAGUUCAAAUAGACUUUAAAAUAGUCUGAUGUUGGAGGAGAGUCCAAAGAGUGUGCAAUUAACUACAAGUGUCUCUGACUUUUUUGCGUCUUGCCUGAGUUUCUAGAAUAAGCUCCAGAUCCGCGUGCGCAUGACCCUACCCGCUGUUUCCACUGUUGAACCUCAAGAAUCUACCUCAAACACCAUUGAAAUAGACAACACUGCGGGCCCAUGCGUCCUCAAAUGAAUACCUCAGCCACGUUGAUGUGAUAAACAGCCUGUGUUUUGCUGCAGAUGGCUUCGUUUCCAGACUCAGAGCUGCAGACAUGUCCACUCUGCAAGGAGCUGUGCGGCUCCUCCGCGCCCAUCUCCUCCAGCUCCUCUACCUCAUCUUCCUCCUCACAUACCUCCUCCUCCUCCUCUCAGACCACCAGGAGGCUGCACGUGUUACCCUGCCUCCACGCCUUCUGCAGGCAGUGCCUCGAGGCGCAGCGCAGUCCCGGGGACCCGCUCAAGCUGCGCUGUCCCACCUGUGACCACAAAGUGUCCAUCUCAGAGGCGGGGGUGGACUCUUUGCCUUCUUCCAACUUUCUUUUCAGUAACUUGCUCGACGUGGUGGUGAGCUCUGAGGAACAGAUCCAGAAUAAGAACGGUCACAACACGCACCGCGCUCUGGGCUCGUGCUCCUCGGGCUUCCCUCACGCGCACGGAGGCCUUCUGAACCACCUGCACGAGCCCCAGUGCAGCUCGUGCGAUGAGGAGAACCCGGCCACGUCCCACUGCCUCGACUGUCAGGAAUAUCUGUGUGACAACUGUGUGCGUGCGCAUCAGAGAGUGCGCCUCACCAAGGACCACUUCAUCGAGCGCUUAGGCGAGAGUCUCCACCUGGGACGAGCCAACGCCAACAGCACCCCGGGACAGACAGGGGUGGCCGUGUCCCUCGCCCAGUCACUCCAGAACAACUUCGCGCUGCUGUCCCUUUUCCAGGACCGAAUGAGCUUCUGCCAGCACCACGACAAUGAGGUGUUCCUCUUCUUCUGUGAAUCGUGUUCUGUGCCAAUCUGCCGCGAGUGCAGCGUCGGGCGUCACAUGGGCCAUACGUUUGUGUACCUCCAGGACGCCGUGCAGGACUGUAGAGCCAUCACCAUCCAGCUGCUGGCAGACGCUCAGCAGGGGCGGCAGGCUGUACAGCUGAGCAUGGAGAAGGUGCAGUCCAUGGCGGAGCAGGUGGAGAUCAAAGCCAAGGUGGUGCAGACGGAGGUGAAGGCUCUGGUUUUGAGACACAAAAAAGCCCUGGAGGAGCGAGAGUGUGAACUGCUGUGGAAGAUUGAGAAGAUUCGUCAGGUAAAGGCCAAGUCGUUGUACCUGCAGGUGGAAAAAUUACACCAAAGUUUGACCAAACUGGACAGUACUAUCGCCGCAGUGAGCCAAGUGCUGGACGAAGGACGCCAUCUGGACGUUCUGCUGGCGAGGGAGCGCAUGCUGUCACAGAUCCACGAGCUGAAGGCGCUCAGAGGCCUGCUUCAGCCGCAGGAGGACGACCGCUUCAUGUUCACACCUCCAGACCAAGCUCUGUACAUCGCCAUCCAGUCCAUGGGCCUGAUCAGCAGCGGAGCGUUUGCUCCAGUUACUAAAGCUCAUGGCGAGGGUUUGAAGAGUGCGCUCCGAGGAAAGCCCUCCUCCUUCACUGUGAUUGGAUACGAUCACGAUGGCGAGCCGCGCCUCUCCGGAGGCGACGCCGUGUCCGCCAUCAUCAUGUCUGCUACGGACGGAAACCUGUCAUCUGCCGAGGUGACGGACCAUCUGAACGGCUCGUAUACGGUGGGCUACCUGCCCAAGUGCGAGGGCGAGCACCUCGUGUCUGUGCUGGUGUGUAACCAGCACAUCCAGGGGAGCCCCUUCAAACUGCUGGUGAAAUCCGGGCGCUGCUACGGGACGCUGGGCUCCCAGGUGUCGUCCUUUGGCUGCGAGGGUGAAGGAGACGGGCAGCUGUGCCGGCCGUGGGGCAUCAGCGUGGACAAGGAGGGCUACGUGGUGGUGGCGGACCGCAGCAACAAUCGUAUACAGAUAUUCAAGCCGUGUGGGGCGUUCCACCAUAAGUUUGGUUCUCUCGGUUCUCGCCCCGGUCAGUUUGAUCGUCCAGCCGGGGUCGCCUGUGACGGGCAGAGACGAAUCAUUGUGGCUGAUAAAGACAAUCACCGUGUUCAGGUGUUUACUUUUGAGGGCCAGUUCCUGCUGAAGUUUGGGGAAAAGGGCACCAAGAAUGGGCAGUUCAACUACCCGUGGGAUGUGGCUGUGAAUUCCGAGGGUAAGAUCCUCGUCUCCGACACCAGGAACCACCGUGUUCAGCUGUUCGCCCCCGACGGCUCCUUCCUCAACAAGUACGGCUUUGAGGGGGCGCUGUGGAAACACUUUGACUCUCCCCGAGGAGUGGCCUUCAACCACGAGGACCAUCUGGUGGUGACCGACUUCAACAACCACCGUCUCCUGGUGAUCCGGCCCGACUGCCAGUCUGCCCGCUUCCUGGGCUCCGAGGGCACGGGGAACGGGCAGUUUCUUCGACCCCAGGGAGUCGCGGUGGACCAGGAGAACCGGAUCAUCGUGGCGGACUCUCGCAAUCAUCGCAUCCAAGUGUUUGAGCCCAACGGAAACUUCUUAUGCAAAUUUGGCACGCAGGGGAGCGGGUUCGGACAGAUGGACCGGCCCUCUGGCGUGGCGGUGGCGCCCGAUGGAGUCAUUGUAGUUGUAGACUUUGGAAAUAAUCGUAUUCUCAAAUUCUAAAGAAGUUUUAUUUUUUACAUUCUCUUCCUCCGUUUUGCCUUUUGCGUUUGACGAAGGAAAUGGAGGAAAGAGAAUGAAUCAACAGACAGAACAGAAGGCGAGCGCAGCCGGGAUUCAGAGCGUGCCGAAGCCGCGGGAAGGAUUUCUACAGAGGCGAGAGCGUUUGCCUUUACACUGACGUUUUUUUUUUAAUCAGCUGUCAAAAUGACAAAUUGAUAAUCAGUAUAAAUAGAGCCAUGUUCCUUCCCUCGGGCGGCUCUGAAUCCUCUCUGGAAGCUCGUCUUGGGUUUCAUCUCAGGGAUAUUCUCACUUUUUCUUGAAAUCUUGUAUCCUCUGCUCCAUACCUACCUCAUUUCGCUCUUUAUGAAUGUACUCAUAGUCAACGAGCAGAGGUGUAGUCCGUGAAGUUUUACAAAGAAGAAAAGUCUACCUCUAUCCUAUUUAAAGAGAGACAAAAUGGACUCUUCAGUUGAAAUUUGCACAGGUUUCAUAGAUUAUUGCUGUGCAUAGAGUUAAAAAAAAAAAACGUGAACCUCCUGAAUGUUGUUGCUGGGACAAUACUCAGACGCUGUAGAGGCUGCGUGAUUCAUACUUAGAAGGCUUUGCUGGGAGAGGGAACUAGUGUAGAGAUGCUUCCCUUAAAAUCUGUAGUUUUGUUUUGUUUCGUUCUUUUUUUUUAUUUUAUUUUUUUGAAAUAGUGCGUCGGGUUUUGCCUCCUUGUUGAUCUUAAGGAGUUUGUGGCUUUAGUUCGUGGCUUUAGUGGAGUGAAAGUGCAGAACGAUGCCAAAACUUAAGAGAAUCGAAAUUAGCUCAGGUCACGCAGGACUGGAAAAUGGUACAGUCCGUCGCAGGCAUCCGCCCAUAAUCUCUGAUGAUGCUGUGCUAGAUGAAUAUAUUAUGAGCAAGAAUUGUUCAAUAAAAGUGUCCGUUUGAAGAUUAUUUUAAACAUGUCCUGCACAAUGGCCGAUCCUAGAUUUGGCAUUAAUAGAAACUGCAAAAUCCCCCUUAUAACGUUUUCGAAUCGCUACUGGGACGUCCCGUGUUCCAUGUCGUUUAAUAAACAUCUUGAGCAGUUUCGUUUGCGAUCUGCAGAUAUAUUUCUAUAGACACCCACACCAAAGAAAGCCUUGCCCGCUUUUCUUCCACCGAAUAAACUGUCCUUAGGCUCAAGUUAGCGGCGUUUAUGACCCAAUAAAACAUGACGAGAAUGAACAGACCCUCCCCUCCCUUUUGUCGUGGGGUUAAGUCCCGUCACAUUUGCUCGAUGUCCCGUAGAAGCACUAGACGAUUCUUUUCUUCAUGAACCUAGUAAGGAAUUUUAGGACCUAUGAAAAGAGUUUCCAAGAGGCCUCGUGUGGUUAGAUAAGGCCUGUCUGCACAUGACUGGGAUCAGCAUCGUCCCAGACCUCAACAGACCUCAACAGACCUCAACAGACCUCAACAGACCUCAACAGACCUCAACAGACCUCAACAGACCUCAACAGACCUCAACAGACCUCAACAGACCUCAACAGACCUCAACAGACCUCAACAGACCUCAGUUUUUCAACCUCAUUUAACUUAAUACCUCAGGCAGCGUCUGUCACGCGGAGCUGCUGUGUCAACAUUCAGACUUGUUUAGUGUGUUUUUUCAUGUACUUUAUACCUCAGUUGUACUUAUAUGUUUGCAUAGCUCAUCAGUCUAUUUAUACUUUACAAAUAUUCAACAUUGUGUUACUUUUACUGUGCAGUAUAAUGUCUCAAAGCUCGGACCAAAGAUCAUAGAACAGUUUAAAAGCAAAAGAUGUUCUCGAGUCUCCACCCACGCCCACGUGUGUACUACAUGUGUACAUGUGUGUGUAUACACAUAUAUACACAUGUACACAUGUACACACAGGUAUGCAUGUACACACAUAUACAUGGGUAUACACAUGUACAUGUGUGCACAUACAUACGUAUAUAUGUACACACACUUACAUACAUGUAUACACACACACACACACACGACGUGCUCUGUCCGUUGCCUUUGCCUUUAUCAUUAACAAACCAAAUAUUUUCCGUUUGGAGCGUUGUGCCAAAAUGAUCUGUGUGAGUUCUGUGCCAAACGGGGUUGGCAUUUGAACGAUGUGAGACACAGACUUCACUGGACAGUUUCUGUACUGAGUCAUGGCUCUGAAACAUGGGCCUGUUCAGAUGCACUAAGAGGGCUGGGCCCUCGUACCUCAGAACCAUGUGACCUCACUAUUCCUCUGUUACUGUGCGUAGAGCAGAGAGGAGUCUGUGGAAAGAGUUAAAACUUGUGCUUUUGAAGGCAGAGCUUCACUCUCACGAUCUGAAACAUCCUGAUUAGAGUGAAUUUAAAACGCUCAUGUUUGAAGGCGAGAGACAAAAUGGGUUUGUGUUUUAAAAACAACACUGUUAUACUUAGCACGUUGGCAAAUGGCUGGUUCGAUGUUUGGAGCUUUAGCACAGUAAAGGGGCUCGGCCCUCAGCCCCUGGGGCCCCCUGGUCCUCGGCCCCUGGGGCCCUCGGUCCUCAAAUUCUGCUGCUCUGACUCAUUUUCAUUCACCUGUUUAUUUCAGUAUUACUCUUAUGUGCAUUCAUGUUUGCAGCAUUUUUUUUAAGAUUGCAGAAUUCUAUCUUAAGAUCUUUAGGUCUUCACUCUUAAAGAGCAAAAAUAUAUUUUAAACCUUAUUUGUUCCAUAUUUUGCAUGCUUUAAAAGUCCUUGUAUAAUACUGGUGUCUCUUUGACGGGGUUAAAGCUGGCUUUGGAAUGAUUUACCAAAUUAUAUACCCAAAGAUGUUUAAGUGUGUUAGUGUUGGAUGGAAUUAACCUUUGACCUUUGCGAUUGUAUUUCCUAUUCUCUUGAGACUCUGCAGAGCACAUGCCUCUGACGCCUGGCAGGGUUUUGAUACACGCAGACGGCAGUGACCUCUGACCUUUAGUACUAGACUAAUAUGAGUAGAUCUGUGUCACGUUCAUUCAUUCAUUGUACGUUCUGGGACUUGUUCUUUCUUUGAUUAUAUCUUUGAACAUCUUUAGCUGAGUUAGCCGUGUGACUCCAGCACACACUCGACCAGGGUUCAGAUCAGAUCUGGUGAUGGGCUCAGCUCCUGUGGCUGAAUGCUCUGCUGCUGAGCGGAUUUUAAUCAGGAACAUCAUCCAUCACUUUAUUUCAGCCCUCAAACGGCUUUAAGAGACUAAAGUGCACCAGGUUAGACGUGCGAGGUCUUAGACCUUAUAAUGAUUGUAUGGUAAAAAGUUUGGAAAAAAUAAAAAAUAAAACUCAGGUAGAUCUGGCAGCGCUGCCCUGCAGCUGUCUCAUUGUGUCCCAUAGUGAUAUCGUAGUGUCCCCUGUACUAGUCCCUCUGUGUCAUUUACAUAGAAGAUUAUGUCCCAACCUCAAAUUCUUUUUGAUUAGUUCCCUUGAUUUAAUAUUUUUGCCAAUGUUUUCUUUCUACCAGAAGUACAAAUACAAAACACCACUUGACGCUCAUGAACUCUUUUAGAAUGUAUUUUGUGAAGAAAAGGGUUUCAUGAGCUCUCAUUGAUGCGGCUAACACAAGAACAGGCCCCGG